AUGGCAUAUCGUGUGUGUGCAUGGAAUAAUCCCCCGCACAAGGUUCCGGGAGCUCUGAAGCACGUGUCGAUCGGCGAGGCAGGAGUCUAUGGCCUAGGUGUUGCGACCACUGGUCUUUAUUAUAGGGGAUGGUGUGGUUCCACCUGGACACAUGUUCCAGGCACAGAGGUACUCAGACUUACACAAUUUGAUGUGGGUAAGAACGUGAUUAUGGGCACCAACGGGGGUGGGGCUAUUUGGUAUAGUACGGUUUCUGCUAGUCAACCCGAUGUAACCUCGUGGAGCAAAACGGGCGGUGGUUUACACCAUGUUAGUGUCAGUCAAAAGGGCCAUGCAUGGGGUUGUAUUGCCGGUGCAGUUUACCACCUCAGGGGAGCCAGCCUCGACAACCCUGGUGGAUACGGGUGGCAAGUUGUGUCGGGUGGGGGCUAUGUUCAGGUCUCAAUUGGUACCGGGGGUCUCUGGGGUGUCACAUCUACUAAGAAGAUUUCCUACCGAGUGGGAACUUACGGUGACCCUGACUCGGAUACGCAUGGAUCUGAUUGGGAAAACGUAGAGUCCUUAGGCACUUCACCGCAGUAUGUCAGUUCGGGUGACGUCAUUUACAUGACUGAUACUAAUGGUGUUAUCUACUACCGCGUGGGAACGUCGGCUGAAACACCAACUGGCACAGCCUGGCAAAAGAUUGGCGGGAAUCUGAAACAAGUUGAGGCACUUUCGGGCACAUUCUGGGGCGUUGACGCUGAAAAUAAUGUAUAUACAAAUGAAGCUUGA